GGUACGGAGAGGGCACCGACGCCAAUGGAAGUGUUUAUGUUUAUGCUUUUCCGUGCGACUCUCGAUGUUUGUCCGCGGCGAUGAGUCAAUCGUACCUUACCUGCUCCGUUACUGGUGAAUUAUGUGGAGGUCAAGAUGCAAAGAUGAUGACGAACGCAAGUUAAUCGAUCCCGUUCAGCGGUGCUUAGAUCUCAGCUCUCAGAUCCCUCGGGAACGCCAAGGGCUGGCUGGCACGGUGGGUCUUGUUGAGACAUGCGAACGACUUUUCACGAAUGUAACGACUCUGUUUCCCCUUCCAUAUUAUUGUGUUAUGAGUCAAUUUUCAAUUUCUCCUUUUGGGAAGUUCUUGUUUGUUUGUGGAGUAGAGAAAGACGGGGUUUUCUUUUUCUUUCUUUUCUCUUUUUUCUUUGUUCUAGCUAGACUGUAGGUGCAUGCCAUAUUAUUACCUAUAUACACUUCCACCCUAACACCCCCCG